UCUGGGUGAUUUCAAAAAAGGCAAAAAAUACUACAAUCUACAUCUUGAAAUAGCUAAAGAAGUAGAAGAUAAGCAUGGGGAGGGUUCUGCUUAUGGCAAUCUUGGCAAUGCUUAUUUCAGUCUGGGAAAUUUAGAAAAAGCCAUAGAGUACUAUAACCUACAUCUUGAAAUAGCUAAAGAAGUAGGAGACAAGCAUGGGGAGGGUGUUGCUUAUGGCAAUCUUGGCAAUGCUUAUGACAGUCUGGGAGAUUUAAAAAAAGCCAUAGAUUACUAUAACCUACAUCUUAAAAUAGCUAAAGAAGUAGGAGACAAACAUGGGGAGGGUAAAGCUCAUGGAAAUAUUGGCAUUGUCUAUCAAACUGUGGGAGAAUUGAUAAAGGCUAAGAAGUCGUACAACCUGGUGCUUAAAAUAGCUAAAGAAGUAGGAGACAAAUCCUCGGAGGCAAUGGCCCACCGUUCAUUAGGACACCUUUUUGAGUCGCAGGGUGAACUGCCAAAAGCCGUUGAACAUUACCAAGCUAGCAUAAACUUAUUCAAUUCCUUGAGAGAACUUCUAAAAUCUAAAGAUGAGUGGAAAGUUAAUUUUCGAAAUCAGCAUCAAAUGGCGUAUACGGGUUUGUGGAGAGUUCUCGUAGAACAAGGUAAUGUAGAUGAAGCCUUAUUUGUUGCCGAGAAAGGACGAGCUCAAGCUCUGACCGACCUCAUGGAAUCCAGUUUUUGUGGUGGAACAAGUCACCACAGGGGAGAAGAUGAAGAUUUCACAGUUUUAAAAAACGUUCCAUCAAACACUGUCUUUCAGGCAGUGGACAAAGCUAACGUCAAUCUUUGGGUUGUUUCCGAAGGAAAACAAAUUCGGUUAAGACAAAGUAAACUCAAAGGUUUUGUUUCAGAGAAUAGUGGAGUUAGCCAGUCCUUUGAGUCGUUCAUGCUCGGUGUCUAUACACAACUUGGUGUUCGUUCUAAUGUGAGAUGCGAGAAUCGAUCUUUAGAUGCUUUGAGGGAGGGCCGUUCAAAAGUGGAUGAGAAAACCAAAGAAGCCAACCCUCAACCUCACAUCCAACAAGACGGAUGCUUGAGCACUUUGUAUGAAAUCUUUAUGAAGCCGGUGGCUGACUUGAUUGAAGGGGAUGAGCUACUCAUUAUUCCUGAUGGACCCCUGUGGAUCGCUCCUUUUGCUGCAUUGAAGGAUGGUAAUUCUAAAUACCUGUGUGAAUCGUUCACAAUCCGAGUCGCUCCAUCGUUAGCAAGUCUGAGACUCAUUGCCGAUUGCCCAGAUGAUUAUCACAAAAGCAGUGAUGCGUUACUUGUAGGAGAUCCGUGCGUAUCAGAGGUUACUAACAGCGAGGGAGAGAAAGUCCUCGAGCAGCUUCCGUGU